AUGGAUACCAAGGCAGCACCAGAUGUUGAAAAGUCUAUUUCCUCUGCGAGACCGUCCCCGGUGGACAGUCACGAUGCAGCACUUGCUCAUGUCGUCUUAAUCCCCCAGCCUAGUACCCACCCCCGGGACCCUCUGAACUGGUCUCAACACCGCAAACAUAUUAUCCUAGCCGUGUUAUGCCUCGCCUCUUUCGCCGGCGCUAUCGCGCCCUUGUCGGGACAGCUCAAUCUGGCCGAUCAAGAGAAGUUAUACAGCAAAACAAAGAUAGAAGAGUCAUAUGCGAACUCAGCCGCCCUAGCGGGUAUGGCUGCCGGCCCAUUCUUCUUCGCCCCAAUUGCACACAGGCUAGGCCGCAGCUCUGUAAUCUUCUGGUGUGUGCUUUGCACAACAGUAUGUCAAAUCUGGGGCGCGGUGAUGACCCACCCUGAGGACUACAUUCCCUACGUGAUGUCGCGCCUCUUCGCCGGUUUCUUCGGCGCCGUGCCUACAGUGCUUGGACCGCGUAUCGUCACCGACCUAUUCUUCCUGCAUCAGCGCGGUCGUGCGUUUACUGCUCUGCAUAUGGCUUUCUUAUUCGGGACCAUUGCCGGUCCUACGUUCUCCGGAUUCGUCUCGGCGCACUCUUUCUUCCCGGUUGAGUUCUGGUGGACCGUUGGAAUGCUAGGAUUCACGCUCCUUUGCUGUUUCUUCUUCCUCGAAGAGACGGGGUUUGAUCGUGCCAAAAUCGGAAUAACCCCAAUCCUAAUAGGCCUCUGCCCAGCAACAAUAAUAAUGGGCAUAUUCACCCUGAUAUCCUUCGGCUUCUAUGUGGGCGUAAACGCCCUAACACCAGUGUGGCUCCAAAAGCCCGUCAGCGCAGGCGGGUACGGCUUCACGCUCGAACAAAAUGCAGCCUUCACAUUCAGCCACUGGCUAGGGAUCCUCUUCGUUCAAUUCUACGGCCACUACCUCAACGACCGAUUACCACUAUACCUAGCCCGACGAUUCGACAAGGGAGUCUGGAAACCCGAGUAUAGAUUGCACGUGUUGUGGAUACCCAGUCUAGUGCUGAAUCCAAUUGGACUGGGGAUCUUUGGGGCGGCAUUGCAGUACGGUUUGCAUUAUAUGGUUUUGGCCUUGGGGGUCUUUGUUGUUACUGUUGGGUCGUUGGGAAGUGUGCCUGUUACCGUUAAUUAUGUUGUUGAGUGUUUCAAGGGUUUCCCUGCGGAGGUGGGGAUUGUUGUCGGUGCCUAUCGUAUUGUUUAUGGGUUGACUAUUGGGUUUUAUAUUGAUGGGUGGGUUGAGGCUGUUGGACUCCGAAGCCCUCCUCGCUCUACUGAAUAUUCCUGUUUUGGAUAUAACGCAGGACUAGAGCCAGAAGGCAACCGCUAUGACGGCCCGACAAAUUCUCGGCAUACCGAGCUUGAUCUACAGCUGGGCGCCGUGUUCGCCGAUGUGGGGAAUAUCUAA